AAGCGGAUGCUGUGCACGGAAAGGCGACACACAUACAACAAAUUGAAUGCGUUUUUCAAAAAUAUUGAACAAGUGACUUUGUUGAUGAUGCGACAAGUGCCAAAAAUACGCAUGUAAAGCAAAACACAACAACAGAAAAGAAGAAGGCACAAACAACAGAAUCGCAAAAAAAGUCAAAUAAAAACAAAGCCUGGCCGCCGCCAUGGCUGCUUAUUUUGAACGCCACGUGCAGACGACGACGGAGUCGCCGACAAAGUCAGCGACAUUAGUUAUCACUGACAACAGCCACCAACAGUAACAACAAGAAGAAGAAUACUGUAGCGUAGUAGUUGUUGACCAUAAUAAAGCCUUGUAAGCUGCAAGUGGCGCCGCAGCAUCUUAAAGUGUUUUGGUCACGCCAUAAAUCAAGUGACAGGCCCCGCGAGCGGCGCGCAUAAACAAAACUCAUUUGCACACGUUGUCCUUAACACCGUGUCCUUUGUCGUCGGCGACAUAGGCGGGCAACAGCAGCAGCAGCAUCGCAGCAUCGCAGCAGCAGCAGCAACAGCAGUAGAAGGCGCGGCAGCGGCAGCGCAUAAAUUUACCAACAGUUGGCAGCACCGCAGCGCACCGUGGUGAUAACGGCAAGUGUUGAGCAUUGGCACACAACAUAUACAACACACAGCAGAGAAGCAGCUGCCAGUUGCCUUACAUCGAACGCUUCGUCAAACCGGGGAAUGCUGCACAACUAUCGAUAACGAUAACUUCUUUUAUCGCUUCAAGGAAUUUCGCUGUCAUCCGGUGACAAUUUUCGCCGCACAGCAGCGUCCAAAACAUUUCCCGAGCACAACGAGCAGACGGCGGAGAGAGAGAGAGAGAAAGAGAGAGAAAGAGCAGCAAACAUUUUCAUUGCUGUCGACAGCACAUUUUAUGACGGUCACAUAAUAACGUGUAGCGACAAAACGGUAAACGGCGAGCGGACGUCAUCUAAAGAGUAGAAGGAGAAGGAGGAGGAGCGGAGCAAAGCUCUGACGCAACGAAGGAUGCAAAUUACGUGCCACAUGACGCGCCAAAGCUUUUGAUUUGAUUGCGUUUCGGCAAUCGCUCAUUUGCCCAUUCGCUCAGUCAGUCAACCACACAUUGCCUGAUUGAUUGACUCCGACAGUCGCAACGAAUAGUUGACAACCAAACACACACACACACACACACAGACACAGAGGAGUCCUUUUUGUCGUCGGCGCAGCAGCUGCAACGCAGCAUGCACAAGAAACAGCCAUUGCCGCUGGCUGCAUUUCUGAACAACAACAGCGACAACAACAGCGGCAGCGACAACAACAGCAGCAGCAGCAUCAUCAGCAACAGUCACAGCAACAGCCACAGCAACAGCAACCACCACAGAGGAACAGUCAGUAGCAUUGUUGGCAGCAGUCGCAUGGGUCGACAACAACCGGCAAGCAUGUGCUUCACCAGCAGCGCCGCGAAUGGCGCCCAAGGUGCCGCAAAUUCGUCAGCGGGCAGCGCCCAAGGUGCAGCGGGCGGCUCUGGCGGUGGCGCCACAGCAUCAUCCACAUCCAAGGCGGACAAACAAAGAGAUAACGGCGGCGGUGGUCUCGCUGGCGGACUCUGCGGUUGCCAAAAGGCGCCCAAAUCCCAUUGCAUAUCAGCGACAGGCGUACUGCUGUUGGUGCUGCUCUACACGGCCAUGGGGUCCAUCAUCUUUGUAACGCUCGAAGGCGAGCUGGAGGACGCGAAUGCGCUGGAAACAGCUGUUGCCGCCUCCAAGCCAUAUCCACGCACCGAACUGGCCAACGCCGAGAUUCGCUCAAGAACUGUCGAUCGUCUGUGGUCGAUAACCGAGGAUCUGAACAUAUUGUACAAGGAGAACUGGACACGUCUUGCCGCCCAGGAAGUGCAAUUGUUUCAGGAUACGCUGCUGCGUGCGGUUCGCCAGUCGAAGGUUUAUCAGCCUGGAGGCGUGCAGAUGAAUGCACCGACACACAAAUGGACCUACGCCUCGGCUUUCCUCUACUCGCUGACAUUAAUUACAACGAUAGGCUAUGGCGGAAUUUCGCCACGCACACAAUGGGGCCGCGUGGCAGCCCUUGUGUACGCUUUGUUCGGCAUACCCAUUGUGCUGCUCUACCUAUCGGCGAUGGGCGAGGCGCUGUCGGCGGGCAUGCGUUGCCUGUUUCGACGCCAACGUGUCAAGGGCAGCGUGGGCAGCGGCCCCGCAACCGGACCCAACGGUGGCCGCAAAUCAGACAAGGUCAAGGGUCAACAACAAUACGGCGGCGGUGGCGGUGGCAAGCUGAAUCAAUACGGCCUACCACCCUCCGUCUACCAGCAACAGCAGCAGCAACAACAGCAGCAACAGCAGCAGCAACAACAACAGCAACAGAAUCGCAAGUCGCUCGAGUCGCGCGGAUCACCAAGUGUCCCCAUCUCGAUAUGUGUGUGCGUGCUGCUCUGCUAUGUGACGAGCGGUGCGAUUUUGUUUCACAAACUGCAGAAUUGGAGUGUGCUUGAAUCGUUGUACUUCUGCUUCACAUCUCUGGGCACCAUUGGCUUUGGCGAACUGUCGCCCAGCGGCACACUGACCCUCUACAGCGCCUCCGCUUACAUCUUGGUGGGCAUGGCUGUGGUGGCGAUGUGCUUCAGCCUGAUACAGACGGAGAUUGUGAUGUGGCUGCGACGGUUCAGUGUGCAGGAUCAUGUGAUGCCCAAGGCCGAGGAGUUGGCUCUCGUCACCGUCGCGGUGACUCCGAAACCCUCCUGACAACGACCCAGCGCCGACCUGUUGGGCGGCGGCGCCGUGGGCGGCAGCCAAGCAGCAGCAGCAGCAGCGGCGGCUAAUAGUCUUGGCCAGCAUCAGACGAUGUUCUUUGGCCCAGCGCACACGCUAACCCAAUACAGUUCGUUGCCGCGACGCAGCCACCUGCAUGGCGGUGGCGGUGUGGCAGCCUCUGGUGGCGCCUCGACAUCAGCUUUUCAACGCAACACGCCCAUACGUCGCUCCACCGGCAUACCGGAGCAUCACAUGGAGUACUUUGUGCCGCGCAGCAUCAGCGAAUUCAAUUUGUCCGGCGUCGGAGACUUGGCGCUGCCCCCGCCGCGUCGCUUCUCGCCCAACAUGGGCAUCGGCAUGCCGCCCCCGCCGCCCAUGGGCAUGGGCGUGGGCGUUGGCGUUAACAUGGGCGUCAACAUGGGCAUGGGCAUGGGCAUGCCGCAUGGCCUGCAAUUGGGGCCGCCACAGACGUUACUCUGCGCCGCCGCAGCUGCGGGGGGAGGUGCUGGUGCAGGAGGUGCUGGAGCACCGCCGCCGGCCCAGCUGCAGAUUGUCACACUGAAGCCGCGCAGCGAGAAGAUGGUCACCUUUGAGGAUGAAUCGAAAUCUGGCGGCGUCUCAGCGACGACGGCGGCGGCCACACAUUGUCCGCACGGUGUGCCGACUACGCCGCGUAAAUCGAAUGCUGGCGCCUCGACAUCAACGGGCGACAUCUUCAUGUGACCAGCCAUCUGACCAACUGCAGCAGCAGCGACAGCAGCUGCAGUGGAGCAACAACAGCAGCAGCAGCAGCAAUCAACAAGCGAGGAUGGCGCCGAGUUGAAUGCGGCGUUGCGAUUGCGUGACAGCAUCGAUGAUGCGCUCUGUCCCAAGCAGGCACCAGGUGAGGUGAUACGUGUCUAAGCUGAGUUGAGUAACCCAAAAACACACACACACUGUAAGUAUAUGCACACACACACUAACACACAUACACAAAUACACACAAACACUGACAGAGUCACAAAGUCACAGCAGACACGGGCAGAGAUAAGAAAUCAGAUGAGCAUAAAAUGCUGCAUACUUUUUGGGGCGUUGCCUACAAAAUUCCACACAGCAUUCGCUUUGCUAAUUGGAUGCCAGCAAAAACAAGAAAAACAACAGCAACAGCAACAAGAACAACAACUAGAACAGCAACAGCAACAAGAACAUUUCUAUAGUGUUAUUUAAAUUAUGUAAGUUAAGCAAAUAUUUCUGAUUAUGCGUGUAAAUACAAAAUAACAACGACAACAGUAGCAGCAGCAACAGCAACAAGAACAACAACAACAACAACAAAUUGCGGGCGCGUGUUGUAAAUAGGUAUAAAUAUACAUAUAUUCAAAUGUGUGAAAAACAUGAAAAGCAAAAUAACAACAACAACAACAACAACAAGUUCGACUACAACAACCAAAGCCAACUUAAAUUAAAUUGAAAUUUAAAUUCGAAAUGUUAAAUGCAAAUUGCAUAAAUAAUUUGAAUGCUUUGGCUGUUAAUGCCAAAAACCAAAAACAUUAAAAACAAAUUGCAAUGGAAAAUAAAAAAAACACUGACAAAGUGAAAAACGUAAACAACAGCUGAACAGCAGAUGAAAAGAAAUUGCAAAAAACAAAAAAAAAAAAAAUGAAAACAAAACAUGUGAGAAGAGAGAAAUUAAUAAAUACAACAAGCGACUAACUAUGAAUAAUAAAUAACUAUGCGAAAUCCGAAAUUGCCAAAGUGCAAAGCAAACAAAAUGCAAAUUGUGCACAAUUGCAGAAUGCUAAAAUGCCAAAUGUUAAAUGAAAAUGCAAAAUGCUAAAUGCAAAAUGACAAAUUGUUUGUUGUGCGUGUGUGUGUGCCGGAGUGUAUGUUUGUGUGUGUGAGAUGCCAAAGGACAAAGUUUAUUUAAGCGAUUUGUUAGCUAGUUUGUUAUUUAUUUUUUCUAUCUAUUGAUAUUGUCGUUCAUUAUUAUUUUCGUCUUUCUGCAUCGUUUUGCACAAUUUUUAAUGGCAAGUUGCGGUCUGUGUAUCUAAUACUUGACAAAUGAUGUUAAUGUACCGCGACAACAAGUUGAGUUUAUUGUAAUUUGUUUAUUUUUUUUCACGAGUUUAACAAUUUCUAAAAUUGUUAUACUACAGAUAUUUAUUAGCUUUACAUAUUUGUCGUGUAAAUACGCACGUUUUUGUUGUAGUCAAAUUGAAAUAACUCUACACAAAUUGAGUAGCUAAUAGAAAAUAAUUUCUUCUCGAUUCAGUUGAACUUGUCGGUUUUAUGUUUUAGUCGUGCCACAAUUAAAAUUUUAUAAAUUGCCCCAAAUUAAUCAACUGACCGAGCUGCAAUUAAUUACAAAACUAACCCCAUUACAAUUGCCCUGAAAAAACAUCACACUAAAUUGCCAUAAAUAAUUGUCAGCUAUAAUUUAGGCUAUAUCUGUUUAUAGUAUUAUUAUGUAGUAUGCACAUUCCUCCACUGACUUUUGUGUAAUUCAAAUCCAUCACUCAUGUCACUCCCAUCAGUUUUUUUUUUUACUGUUUUUACUGCAGAUCUUUCACGUUUAAUAUUGGUUCGUUUUUCGUUGUGUAUUAAUGUGCUACAGCAAUUAGGCUUAAAUGCUUUUUAAAUGCAUUUUGAUUGUAGGUAAUUGAGCGGCCGAAAUGGCAUUUGUUAUACUCGCACAGAGUUGUAUUUGAAUGGUGCUGCCAACUCGUUUUACAGCCCACGUCCGCCACGUAGUAAUUCGAUGCUGUCAACUGAGUGGGCCACUUGAUUUUUCACUUUAAUUGAAAAUAAAUUAAAUUUAAUAUGUGUGUGUAUGAGUGUGUGGGUGAUUGUUGCGAGUGUUUGUGUGUGUGUGUGCGAGUUAAUUUUUUGCCAUAUUUAAUUUUGUGGCGUUAAAUUAAAAUAAUCGAAUAGAACGAAAGAAUGUAGUAGUGGGGAGCAAAAAAAAAGAAAAGUCAAAACGGAUGCGAUACGAAUGUGGUUGAAAAAAAGACGCUUUAAAUUUAUGGGUUGUGGCACGAACGAAGAACAAAAAAUACAACUAAAAAAAGAAACACAGAAAAAAAGAAUGCGAAAGUAAAAAAAAAAAAACAAAAAAUAGAUACAACUAAAUAUGCAUUGCGUGGCAUUUGUAUUUGUAUAACAGCAUUCCAAUUGUGUCAUUCUGUCAUACUUACUUACAUAGCUAAUAACAAACAAUGCAAACUGGCAGUAAACCAAAUAUUUAACAUAAGUUCAUGUAAUUACAAUUAAGUCCACUUCAGAAACACUCUCUACACACUAACACAUACACAAACGCACACACACUCGACACAGACACACCCACACAGAUACCCUUUACAAUACAAAUAUCAACAACUAAAAAACAAAAACUAAAUAAUAUGUAUAGACAGAUUUAACUAUUAAAAGAGAUACUAAAUAUAACUUAACGAUUUGCUGUGGUUAAAACUCCUCUUGAACAGUUUUCAUGGAGCGGCUCAAGCAGACAGAUAACAAACAUACCCGCUGCAAGGGUAUCAAAAUAAAUAGACAACAAAAAAAGAAAACAAAAAUAAAUAAAUAAAUGAAAACCACUUAAUAAUAAUGAAAAUCAAACUGAAAUAUUAACAUAGCAAACAAAACAAAACAGAGAAAAAAAGUGACAACAAAUGUGUAUUUUUUUUUUUUUUUUUAAAUUCCUAGUACAGUAAGUUGAACUCUAGCAUUUAGGUCAGCAGCAACUAAAUAAUCUAAUAUUAAAUAUAGAGUAUGUACUUCUAGUCAACUAUACGAGUAAAUGUUAAUAAUAAACUGCAGUUACAGCAACAACAACACAUCUAUGUAAUACCAUUUGCAGAUAUACUAUAUAUCUACAUAUGCAUAUAUACAUAUAUGUAUACUCUCAUUGUCUACAAACCCAAAUAGGCUACCGUAUUCUCGUACUGUAUAUUUUAUGUGUAUUACGAACAUGAAACUAAUUGAAAGUUAAAACAGAAAAUUGAAAAUCGAAAACCUUGGAAAAAUCCAAUACAACAAACGCAGUUCGCAUUAUACAUAUAUAUUAUUUAAAAUAUAUAUAUAAAGAUAUAUAAUAUGUGUAUACAAAAGAAAAAUAAAAAGAAACCGAAAAAUUAUAUAUAU